AUAUUCCUUCUCAGUUCUCCACUUUGCUGGGUAUUUCUUCCCUCUGCAAAAGGAUAAAAAUUCCAGUUUCUUGCUCCUUUCCGAGCUCCCAUAUUCGUCGAGGGUACAAAAAUUCAGAAGCAUUUGCUGGAGUGCAGAUGAAAACACAAAUUUGAAGGGGUGACAUGUAGAAGAAUAUCUGUGCAAGUUGUAUGCCAGAGGCAUAUCUAUAACCAGGAUUAUUAUCGAUAUCUCCCCAAAUUUCAAUCGUCUGAAAUAAGACAUUCAUAGAGAGUAUUGGACCCAUGAGCUCUAUCUCAUCAUCUUGCUCUUUCCUCGCACUUACAUCACCUCUUCAUAGAUCAAGACCAUGUUUUAGUUUACAACAGGCUCGUAGUUGCUACAAACGAUGUGCUUUCAAUAAUCAUGGCAACAUUACCAAUUCUAUCCAUGUCCAAUCAGCAUCCCUUCAUCCGUCCCGUAAUUUGCAAUCCUGCUGUAAUGCUAUUGCUCCAUCAAGUGAUGGAACGGUAUCUGUAAUUAAUUUUGAAGAUGUCAUGGAAAAAGACUGGUCAUUUCUUGAGUAUCCAGAUUCCAGUGAAGACCAUAAGCAAAAAAUCGAUGAGAUCAUAUCAGCAGGAGAGAUCACAGAGACUUCUAACGUUAUGAUUGCAAUUGGUUCUGAAGAAUUUGUUGAUAGAGUAGUUGAUUCAUCAAAUUGUAGGCAAUUGCUUGUUGUUCAUGACUCCCUUUUCAUGUUAGCAUGCAUCAAAGAAAAAUAUGAUAAGGUUAAAUGUUGGCAAGGAGAAUUGAUAUAUGUACCAGAGAAGUGGACCUCUUUUGACGUUAUUUUUCUCUACUUCCUUCCUGCAUUGCCGUUUGAGCUUGGUCAAAUUAUGGAAGCACUCAGAAAACGCUGUUUGCCAGGUGCAAGAGUUGUGAUUAGUCAUCCACAAGGCAGACAAGUGGUCGAAGAGCAACGGAAACUAUAUCCUGACGUGGCAGUAUCUAACUUGCCAGAGAAGAUGAUACUGCAAAAUGUUGCUGCGGAGCAUUCAUUUGAAGUAGUCAAAUUUACAGAUGAACCUGGCUUCUAUCUUGCUAUUCUGAAAUUCGAGCCAGAGAACAAGAACGAGUAGGCUCUUCUCUUAACUUCAGAUCAUCUGAGGAAAGAAGAAGCGGUACGAAUUCUGUGCUAGAGAGCUUGAAACUUGAAUUACAUUACAAAUUUCAUUUGUUUCAUCAUCAUUUCAGAACCUUAAAUGCAAGUAAUUAUAUAUAAAAGACCAGUAAAGACCCUGGCGUUCCAGCUUUGGCAAUCAUCUUUGAAUGCAAAAUCUGAUCCUUAUUCAUUGUUGCAUUACAA